CCCGAAUCCUUCCAAAUUCCAUUCCGACUAAUAAAUCCAUCACAUUCAGUUUCACUUCCACUACUGCUGUGAGGGAGACCCAUCAAACUAGAAGUAUCAAACUGCUUUACUGCCCAGUGGCAAACCUAACAAAACAGAUAACUUCCUCGCCGGAGAAAACCCCCGCCGGGAGAUUAUGGAGGUGAAAGCACGGGCUCCGGGCAAGAUCAUACUCUCCGGCGAGCAUGCUGUUGUCCAUGGAUCCGCAGCGGUGGCUGCUUCCAUUGAUCUCUACACUCACGCCACCCUCACGUUCCCGACUUCCCCCGUAGAGCACGAUGAUGUGCUGAAAUUGCAGCUCAAAGACAUGGCUUUGGAGUUCUCAUGGCCGAUUUCGAGAAUCAAACUAGCAUUCUCCAAUUUAGGAGUCCCAUUCUCAUCAAAACCGACCACAUGUUCUUCAGAAUCAUUGAAGUUAGUUGCAGGUUUGGUUGAAGAACAAAGCAUUCCAGAGGCUAAAAUUGCACUUGCAACAGGAGUGUCUGCAUUUCUUUGGCUCUAUACCUGCAUUCAAGGAUUUAGACCUGCAACUGUAACCAUUACAUCGGAACUUCCACUAGGUUCAGGCCUUGGUUCAUCUGCUUCCUUUUCUGUUGCAAUCUCAGCUGCUCUCCUAGCAUUCUCGGACUCUAUUAAGACCGAUCUGAGGCGUCCUGGGUGGUUAGAAUUUGAGGAGCUUCAACUUGAUCUUGUCAACAAAUGGGCUUUCGAGGGUGAAAGAAUCAUUCAUGGGAAACCAUCAGGAAUCGACAACACGGUUAGCACAUAUGGCAACAUGAUCAAGUUCAAAACUGGCAAUCUAACCCGAAUAAAGUCAAGCAUGCCUCUCAAAAUGCUCAUUACUAACACCAAGGUUGGGAGGAACACGAAAGCAUUGGUUGCUGGGGUUUCAGAGAGGAACAUAAGGCAUCCUGAUGCAAUGAGCUUUGUUUUCAAUGCUGUGGACUCCAUCAGUAAGGAAUUGGCUAAUGUCCUUCAAUCGCCUGCUCUGGAUGAGCUUUCAAUAACUGAGAGGGAAGAGAAGCUUGGUGAGUUGAUGGAAAUGAAUCAAGGCUUGCUCCAAUGUAUGGGAGUCAGCCAUGCUUCUAUCGAAACUGUUCUGAGGACAACUUUGAAGUACAAGCUUGCUUCUAAAUUGACCGGUGCUGGUGGUGGAGGUUGCGUGCUAACGCUCUUGCCAACCUUGCUAUCAGGAACUAUAAUUGACAAGGUUAUCUCAGAGCUAGAAGCCUGUGGAUUCCAAUGUCUGACCGUUAAGAUUGGUGGCACUGGUGUCGAGUUCUCUAAUGGCUCAUCCUAAUUGGCUGGGAGAGAGACAGGAAUAUUUUAGAUUUGUAAGAUUUUUUCUCUGAUUUCAUAUGAGAAAACUAAUAACUCAGAGAACAUGUGCUCUCUCCCUCUCUCGUUCAGUUCCAUUACAGGUUUGUUGUAUUAGUUUGUAGAAUAUAUCUUGGAAUCUGUAUUUGGCUUUUCAUUCUACUGUCAUUCUCAAUGUCCAAGAUUCCUUAAAGCAAUCAUGAUAGUUGAUUUACCCUGCUGUUACCAAGCAAUAGGGGCUGUUUGUCAACAACUUAUGUUUAUAGGUGAUGAGAUUUGUCUCAAGUUGGUGCAGCUGGAACAGAUGUGGGUGUCAUUUGCUUUGGGGUUAUGACUCCUUGAUGAAAUUCCAACCAAAUGUCACUAGUGCAAGUGAAU